AUGGCUAGAGGAAAGAUCCAGAUCAAGAGGAUAGAGAACACCACCAAGAAGGCCAACAAGCUCACCAUUCUCUGCGAUGCCAAGGUUUCUAUUAUUAUGUUCUCCAGCACUGGAAAACUCCACAAGAUCGAGCAAUCAACUAAGCAGUUCUUCGAUCAAUACCAGAUGAUUCUGGGAGUUGAUAUUUGGAACUCUCAUUACGAGAAUAUGCAAGAGAACUUGAAGAAACUGAAAGAGGUGAAUAGGAAUCUUCGUAAGGAGUUUAGGUAG